CCCGCGCGCCUCGACAGCAGCAGGUCGCGGUGGUCGUUAAUAACCGGGAUUGUUCAGAACAACGGAGGAAGACGGGUCAGCUCCUACCGUACGUAGCCGGGUGGCGUUUUUUAUUUUAAAGCCCGUUUUCUUUUUUUGUCUGUGGAAGCAAACGAACCGAACACGAAGCCAACGUUCGUGCUGCGACGGGCUUCUGUGUGUGUUUUUUUUGUUCCGGGCUGGUAGCUGCUGUUUUUACGCCGAGCUAGCUUCGUCCUUCGUCAGUCGCAGCUCCUCUGGUGGGUCCGCUGAAGGUAUUUAUUCAAACCGCUGUGGAAUAUGGCUCAGCAUGGACAUCAUGUAGCCAGUUCCCAAAAAGCGCUGAUGUUGGAGAUGAAAAGUCUCCAGGACGAGCCGGUGGAAGGCUUCAAGAUAACUUUGGUGGACGAGUCGGACAUGUACAACUGGGAAGUAGCGAUAUUCGGACCCCCAAACACACACUACGAGGGUGGUUAUUUUAAGGCUCGGAUCAAGUUUCCUGUCGACUACCCAUACUCUCCACCUGCUUUCCGCUUCCUCACCAAAAUGUGGCACCCCAACAUCUAUGAGAACGGGGAUGUAUGUAUUUCUAUCCUGCACCCACCAGUGGACGACCCACAGAGCGGCGAGCUGCCUUCAGAGAGGUGGAACCCCACGCAGAACGUCAGGACCAUCCUGCUCAGCGUGAUCUCUCUGCUGAACGAACCCAACACAUUCUCCCCCGCCAACGUGGACGCGUCCGUCAUGUACCGCAAAUGGAGGGACAGCAAGGGCAAGGACAGAGAGUACAUCGAAAUUAUCAGGAAGCAGGUUCUGGCUACCAAAGCUGACGCGGAGCGGGACGGCGUUAAAGUUCCCGUCACGCUGGACGAGUACUGCGUCCGCACCCAAGUCCCGCCCACAGACGACGGCUCCAACCUCUUAUACGACGACUACUACGACGACGAGGAGCUGGAGGACGACGACGAGGACGACAAUGAAGACUGUUGCUAUGACGAGGACGACUCGGGCACAGAGGACUCCUGACCUCGCCUCCCUUCGACGUCCCCUCCCAACACCCACAACCAGUUCCCUCUCUCCCCCCUCACUCUCACACACGACGACGACUCCUGUCACGGACUGAACUUUAAUCCUCCAUCCUCACUUAGCAACUCCCUGACCACCUUCUGUCAAACGUGCAGUCACAGUAUGCACACUAAAACCUGAUGCAUUGACGAAAAGAAAUCUACAGAGUUGUUUUUUUGUUUUUCUUUUUCCAUUUCUUGUCUGAGUAGAGGUUACACACAUGAUGCACAAACACACAACAGCGUAACUUGAUGUAGUAGUUUCAACUUUAUCUGCUUUUCUGAACUGAUUGCUGAUAUUUAGUUUCCUGAGAAAGGUGGAUUUUCAGCUAAAGAUGGUUCAGCAGGCAGGAAUGUAACAUCAUGGGUCAGAUCAGAUUAAAGUAGAUGAGAGAGCGAUUUGCUAAGUAGGCUAAUUUAGGAAAAUUGGCGUACUGUGUGUGUUUUGAAAAAGCUGAGUCAUUUCCACCUCUGAGCCAUGUGUGUGACCUCCAGCUAGCAGGCUGUUUGAAGCCCUGCCGUGCUUCACCUCUGACCUUUUAAGCCCCAGGGCUUGUGCUGCUCCAAACAGGAAAGUUAUCCGUGUCGAAAAAAAGCCGUUCACACUCCCUUGUGCCUUCCCUCACUCCCCGAUAUCCCAGAUCUGAGUGACUCACGGGACCGAGCGGUCAAAGCAAACCCCCGGCCAGCCAGACAAAGAAAAAAGGUGGCAGAGGGAGAUAUUCAGGCGUCAGAGCAUUCCCACCUUCAACUCUCAGGUGGGGAAAACUGUGCUAAGGGCGCCCUCCUGAUGGAACAAGUUCCAGCUUAUUAAUAGCAGCACCUGUCACAUUUGUCUGGGGUGUGAGUGAGAAAGGUGAGACCCAAAAGCUGAACUAAAGAAUGGAAUGUAGAUCAGAACCCCACAGACGUCCUCUACCGACUGCCACGCAGCCUUCAAGCCUUCAUCGUACAAGCACGUGCUACUAGUGGCCUGGACGCAUUCAGAAACAGCUAGCUGAGCCCGCGGCUGCUCGUUAAAUCCAAUGUACUGUAUUUAAAAAAAAAAAAAAAAAAAAACCUAUGCAGUCAGUGCUUGAACUCCUUAAUAUGCAGUGCUUUAAACGUGGCAGUAAAGCUGAGCCUUGCAACAGUCUGACCUGAACUCCAGCUGGAGUUUCACGAGCCAGCUUCUGUGUCUGAGGGCUUCUAAGCGACUGUGUCCUUGCUUAGAGAUGGGCGACGUGUAGUUUUAUCCGUCUUUGUGUUCGUCGGCGGUUUGUGAUUGUAACUGAGUAGCACAAGUCUCCAGAGCAGCAGAGUUACACUAAACCUUCACAGAGCUCGCCCCCUGCUGGCGGCUCUGUGUACAGGCGUUUUCCUUUUUUUAUUUUCGUUUUCCUCACUGGGCUGCAGCCAUCUUGACCCACCUGAAUCAAUGAACCCUGGGAGAUCAGGUAGCAGCGUGAGUGAUUCAGAAGAAUGAAAGCGUCCUGAUGAAUAUGUAGACUGACAGGAGGGGGGUUAUUCUCAGUCCACAGCAUACUGUCAGAGGCCCUCUCCUAAACUGCCAGGAGUGCUCUGUUGCACACUCUAACGACACAUCGCCACCAUCCAACAGUAUUUCCGACGAAAUUCUCGCUGUAAUCAUGUUUCCGUUGUGUGUGAAUAUUCGCUGAUCGUUUUUAAGAUGUGCUGACAAAAAGUGUGACCGAAGAAGCGCAAAAGGAAAAAAAAAAAAACUAAACGGGGAAGGUACCGGGACAGGGUUUAUCUUUGAGCAUGAACAGGAGAAUGUGGUUCUUCACUAGCAUGCUGUUAUGAUGUGUUUGUGGUUUUAGAUCUGCUAUAAGGGUCAGGAUUAUGUCCAAGGAAAAAGGUCCUCUAACUCAAUUUUGUCUAAAACUGUUGCAUUGUGAAUGGGCUGAGGGUUUGUUAUCUUUCCGGGGGCGGGAUAGGGCGGGCUUCUUUUCUGUUUUGAUGUAACAUUUUUGUUUCCAAAUUGUGGUGUGAGCUGCAAUGUUUUCUAUCUUAUAUGUAUUAAGCGUAUUGAAGCGGUUGUUUUAAAAGGAAAAAAAACCCAGGGUUGUUCAGGGGAAGAAGGAAUAAAUGCUCCGACCGAUUACAAAAACAUUGUGCAGAACCAAAUUGACACGACACACCACCCAGUCCAUCAAUAAUUGGCUCAUGUCCAUUACAUGAUCCUCCCCCUCCUCUCUUUUAAUUUUUGAUGUUUGGAAGAAUGGGAUUUCUUUUUUUUUUUCCUGUUUGGGGUCAAACUGCUGUUUUAUCGUCUUUUUAUCUCCCCACUCGUCCCCCUCCACGGUUCUCUGAGCUCUGAUCGGUGGCAGCGUCACUGAGGGGGGAAAAACCCAGCAGUUGAGAAAACAACAAGAACCUCAGGAACAUAAAAACAACAACAACAAAACCACCAACUGACGGAGAGUCUCGCUUUUUUGGCUUCAAAGGACUGUUUACAAUCUCUACCUUGAUAAUAUGCACAUGUGGAUAUUUUGACGAUCACGUGAUGUUUUUUUUUUCUUGUUUAUAUUUUCUUUUUUUCUUAUGGUUUGUAAAUCUAUUUAAAAUCUGAAAUAAAGCUCUUUAUUAGA